AUGCGUCUUAAUUACGCCUUUGCCGCCCUCUGCGGGCUACAAGCUACCCUUGUUGCAGCUAAAAACACCACUUGGCCCUGGCAAACGUUCAAGUCCAGCCCUCACGAGCCUCCAAGUCUCAAAAUCUCAAAGUCCGGCCUUACCAGCCCUGGAUACCUCUUCUUCGAUCAAUCAUGGGACGCACAUCAAUACAGCGUGUUCAUCAUGUCGGACAGCAACGAGCUUGUCUGGCAGAGCCCGCCCGGUGAUCUGAAGGGUUUCCGCGUACAGAAGCUGGACGGCAAGCCUGUGCUAACCUACUUCAAUGGCCUUGGAGUCCCGGAGCCCUUUGGUUGGGGAUACGGUAUUAUCCAAGUCUUGGAUGAAUCCUAUCAAAGUAUCUACAAUGUCUCCGUGACGAACGACAAUUACAAGGCAUUAGGCAGCAUUGACAGCUCCUCUUUUGUAUCUUGGAUUGACAUGCACGAGAACACAAUGACAUCCGAUGGGACAAUGCUUGUCACCGGGUACAAUGUCACCCAGGCUGAUCUCAGUUCUGUGGGUGGCCCCAAGAAUGGCUGGAUUGCUGACUCGCUCUUCUAUGAGAUCGACGUUAAGACCAACGAGAUACUUUUCCGCUGGAGUGCUCUGGAUCACAUUGAUCAGAUUCCUUUGGAAAAUGUGCAACCGUUCUACCCUAUUCGGGACUGGGGACACAACAGCAGCUCUCCCUACGGCUACUUUCACAUUAACUCAGUGGACAAGUUUCAAGAUGGAACGUACAUCAUUUCAUCUCGUUACUACUGUUCGCUGUUCAAGAUUGCGAAGGAUGGCUCGGUUGACUGGACGCUUCAGGGUCAAACCGGGGGCGACUUUGCACUUAACGGAAUCAAAUUCAGUUACCAACACGACGCCCGAAUCCACUACGAGACCGAGGAUGCAUUCACCCUUAGCAUUUUUGACAACGCUAAUUCUGACGUCCAAAACGGGACAGAUCACACUGAAGGAUUAUUGAUGAACGUCAAUCUAGCCACUCGCGAGGUCUCCCUUGUCCAAACUCUCCACGAUCCACGGGACGAGAUCUUUUCGACUUCUCAAGGAAACACACAAAUGCUGCCUAGAGAGCACAAAUUGAUGGGUUACGGGUCGAAUCCCAAGAUCAAGGAGUACAAUGCCAAUGGAACUUGUGUCAUGACUGCUCAGUUUGGAUUCGACGGUGUCAUCUCAAGUUACCGAUCCUAUCGCUCCCCUUGGGUCGGCGUCCCCAAAACUCUCCCCGAAGUAUUCUCCUGCAUUGAGCAGGGAAGAAACAAGACCAAUGUCUACAUGAGUUGGAAUGGGGCCACUGAGCAUAAGCAGUGGAAGGUCUUUGGGGGCGCUAGUCGCUCAGACCUGAAGCCAGUUGCAGUGUUACGGAAGACAGGAUUUGAGACUGUGGCGAGCAUCAGAGAAAGUCUUAGGUAUGUUCAAGUAGAAGCUCACGGCCUUGGGAUCCAGAAAGGCGUUUCCGAAAUUAUCCCCGUGAAGAGUGGGUGUUAG